AUGGCCGACGAGCUAGAUGCCAUUAAGGCGCAGAUCCAGAGCCAUUUGGUGGAGCUGGGCAAUUACGAUGCCAUCUCGAAACAGCUCAAAUUGAAGCUCUACGAGUCCGGCUGGCUCGACCAGGUCACGCAGCUCGCCGCCCAGAAGUUGGAGGCGCUGCCAAAAGAAGAAAACGUGAAUUUCGACCAGCUUUUCGGCGCCUUGAAGCCACAAGCUGAGCAGUUGGUACCGGCGGAGGUGAAGGAGGACACAUUGCAGACACUCCGAGAGUACCUCGACAACGUCAUCCAGUAG